UUACUCUCUUUCGCUGCCUGCGACUGUCCUGUGUCAGUCCGCACAAUUACCUCAGAGUGCCUUGAGUUGCCGUCGACAAUCGUCGUAGACUACCGUGUCAUGUCCGGUCAAGCCACAAAGAUGGAUCACAUCGUGCCGGAUCUCCCGCGAGGACCAAUGGACGUUUACAGGCAGAGGGCCUCUUUCAACUGGAAGGAGAUGGUGCUAUUCCUGGAAGGAGAAGAUCUUCUGGAGUUCAAGCGGUUGAUAUUCACAACGCUGGAGAAUGACCCCGUUUUUGCGCGGCAAGCCGGGGAGGACCUCUCUGUGGAGAAGAAAAGAGAACUCACCUUCCUGAGGGUAAAACAGCUCUUCCGUUACAACUUUUUGGACGAGGAGAAAAUGAUGCAGAACCCGUAUAUGAUCAGUGCGUUCUCCGACUGCCUGAACAUGUACGACCCUGCCGUACACCUGAAGUAUACCCUGAGCACUGAGAUGUUUGGGGGUACAGUUUCCAAUGCCGGGUCAUCGAGGCACAAGAACUAUACAGAGGGCAGCAGAGCCAUGACGAUGUUUGGGUGCUUUGCGUUGACGGAGCUGAGUCAUGGCAGUAACACCAGGGCCAUGAGGACCACAGCCACCUAUGACCCCAGCACACAGGAGUUUGUGAUCAACUCUCCCGACUUUGAGGCGGCCAAGUUCUGGGUGGGCAACCUUGGGAAAACGGCCACUCACACCAUCGUGUACGCCCAGCUCAUCACACCGGACGGAGUCUGCCAUGGCCUUCAUUCCUUUGUGGUCCAGAUCAGAGAUCAGAAAACAUUGCUUCCUGUUCCCGGAGUCCUAGUGGGCGACAUCGGAUUGAAACUGGGUCAGAACGGGCUGGAUAACGGGUUUGCUCUGUUCACCGACGUGAGGAUCCCUCGCGAAAACCUGCUGAACAAAACGGGAGACGUCAGUCCGGAAGGUCAAUAUGUAACGCCUUAUAAGGACCCCAACAAGCGUUUCGGGGCCACACUGGGGGCCCUGUCCGGGGGCAGGAUGUUCAUUCUGAAGUUCUCCACCAACCACCUGAAGCUGGCCCUCACCACGGCGCUCCGCUACUCCGCCGUGCGCCGCCAGUUCGGCCCCACGGACACGGAGGAGAUCCCAGUGCUGGAGUACCAGAUGCAGCAAUGGCGGCUCAUCCCCUACCUGGCAGCCGUGUAUGUCCUGAACCAGUUCUACAAUUCCUUCUUCAUGAGCUUUCUGGAGUUGCAAUUGGGGGUGAUGAGCAAGCAGAAAAGCGAGAGACAGGACCAGCUGGGCAGAGAGAUCCACGCGCUGUCCUGCGCGGUGAAGCCCCUGGGGUCGUGGACCGCCCAGAGGGGCAUCCAGGAGUGCAGGGAGGCCUGUGGGGGGCACGGAUACCUGGCCAUGAACCGGCUGGGCGCUCUCCGUGACGACAACGACCCCAACUGCACGUACGAAGGCGACAACAACGUGCUCCUCCAGCAGACCAGCAACUACCUCCUCUCCUGCGUCCAGGCCAAGCAACGAGGUGGAGGACCCAUCCAGUCUCCCAUGGGGUCCAUCAACUUCCUGGACGAUUACGAUGUCAUCGUAAACCAAUGCUUCGCAGCCACCUCUAUGGAACAGUGCAUGGACCCUGCAGUGCCGCUGGCGGCCUAUAAGUGGCUGGUUUGCUUCCUUUUCGGGGAGAGCCAGACGAAGCUGGCUCAGGAGAAGGCUUCUGGCAAGGACGACUUUGAAGCACGCAACAACAGCCAGGUGUAUUACUGCCGUUCCCUGGCCCUGGCCUACAUCGAGCACAUGGCCCUCCAGAGUUACUGUGCGAUGCUGGAGUCCGAUGAUACCCCGGCUGCUCUCAGACCAGUGCUGACCAAGCUGGGCGCUCUCUACGGCCUGUGGACCCUCAGCAACCACAUGGCCACACUCUACCAGGGUGGAUAUUUCUCUGGAAAAAAUGCUGCAGAGUUUGUCAACACAGCCAUCCUUACUCUGUGCACCCAGCUCAAAGACGAGGCCGUGGCCUUGGUGGAUGUCUUCGCCCCUCCGGACUUCAUCCUCAACUCUACCAUCGGCAAGGCUGACGGCAAUGUGUACAAGAACAUGUGGUCGACGGUGUUGCAGGGUAAGGAGGUGCUGGAGCGGCCCUCAUGGUGGAAGGAGUUCUGCACGGACAAACCUGUGGUGGGGUCGCUCUCCGCCAAACUCUAACCCCCCCCCCCCCCCCCCCCCCCCCCCCCACCGGGGCCAGUACCCCGGCCCACCCCUCGCUCAAGAGAUUAACUCCUCUAUUGGUUUUAGAACUAACGCCCAGGAUUCUACACAUUACAAUCUAAACUAUUGUGAUGAGGUGAUGUUAAUUAUUAUUAUUAAUUCAUUUUUGUAUCACGUUUGCGCUCGUCAUUCCAUGUUCAUGCCAAACCCAAACCUUUUGGAUACUAUGGUACUAUAUUAAUAUACACUUGCCUUUGAAGGAUUUACCAUUUUAAAUGACUGACAAAACUAUUUUAAUGAGUCAACGUAUUUCAAUAAGGGAUUUAACCGAAGCACAUACAAUGCAACCCAAGCAGAUGUAUCGAUUUAUCCAUUGAUAGAUAUCUAUCUAUCGAUGUAUAGGUACCGUAUAGAGAGGCAGCUACAACAAGGGAAAUCUCCACCUUCCUGUCCCUCUUUGUCUGUACUGGGUCUGGUUGGUAGUGUUGUUUUACUUUGUCUAUAUAAAUAUCUAGGAAAAUAUUAAAUAAAGAAUAUUAUCAUGACAACCAUUUAUUUUUCAUUAUUCCAUUCUUUCU